AUAUAGGUAUAUUACCUAGUCGUUACGUUACUGAGCACCGCCACGUCAAACAACUUCCGACUCUAGACUUCAAAUGGCAAUUCAAAAGAAUGUCCACCCUUUUUUUUUCUCAAUUGACACAAGCCAGUUAAGAGGAAAUCUUAUAUUCUCCAAUCAUUUUACAGACCGCGACGAGGCGGAACACGCGCCUUUUCAACGACUAUCCAAAUCUCCGACGCAGAUAACUCGGACCAUCUUCCCCAUUCCCAAUCGCGACUCGGAAUAGUCUUUUUCUGGCGUCGCACCUUGAUCAGUCAGUGGAGUUGCAAAACAAGAACUACCUACCAUACUAUACCAUACCAAUCCAAUCCAGUCUAGGUUUCUGGUUCUUCUUAGCCCUUCCUAGCUUUUAGCAGCAUUGACAGGUCUUACAAAGCCUCCUGUUUGUUUAUUUUCGUCAUAGCCCAGGUGAACCAAAUUCAAUAUUUUAUAACAAUAGGAGAGAUAUUGGUUGGCGCCAAAACAGUCAAGAUGCAGACCAGCUACCGUCCUUACCCGCAGCAGCAGGUCGCGCCGCAGCGCACCCCCCAUUCGGCCGGACAGCGACGAGGAGGCAUUGGUCCCAUGAUGUCGUCUGGUCCUCAUCACCAAGUCCCGCUGACCCAGGCGCAAAUCGCACAGCAGCAGCAGGCCGCAGCCAUGCAGGUCGAGACAGCUAAACGCCGUAGCCGCAAACCAACCGACAAGAAUCUACCUGACAACAUCGACGACUGUACCAUCGGCGAUAUGGCUGCGAGAUAUCGAGACCUUCGCGACUUUGAGAGAAGGCUCGACGCGACCAUGACAAGAAAAAGGCUUGAUAUUGUCGACUCAGUAAACCGAAGCGUCAAGCGAUGGAAGACUUUGCGAAUAUGGAUCACCAACACGGCCGAAGAUCAAGUUUGGCAAGGGAACAGUCUCAGUGCCGACACAUUUGAUUUUAGCUCGAACCAAGAGCCCACGUAUCGCGUCAAGAUCGAGGGACGGCUAUUGGAGGAUGACGAUGAUGUUGGUCAAGAUGAUAAGAGUGAAGAUAGUAAGGCUAACUCCGACGACCCUGACCGCAUGGAGGAAGACCCAAAACCGAAGGCGACGAAGACACCAAAGUACAGAUUCUCUCAUUUCUUCAAGGCAUUAAGUGUCGACUUCCCAAGUAGUCGGAAGGGGAUUGACCAGCCGGUUGAGUGGAAGAAGCCCGAGGCGCGCGCUGGUCCCUCGUCUAAUCUUCCUGCCGCGGCCGACUUUGAUGAGCUCACCUUUAAGCGCUGCGGAGAUGAGAAUAUCCACAUUACCAUCAAUCUCCAUAGACACGAGGAGCCAGAGCGCUAUGCACUUAGCCAGGAGCUGGAAGACAUUGUCGAUAUGUCAGAAGCUACACGCCAGGAGACUGUGAUGGGUAUUUGGGAAUACAUCAAGUUGAUGGGGCUACAAGAGGAUGAAGAGAAGCGCAACUUUCGCUGCGACGAUCUUUUGAAAAAGGCAAUCAACGUUGAUGCUGGCUCGAUUCCCAAAUUGAACGAAUAUAUAACACCACAACUAAAGCCUCUGCCACCCGUCAAACUCCCUUACACCCUCCGACUUGACGAGGAGUUCCACAAGGACCCGCAACCUACCGUCUACGAUGUUCGUGUUGCGGUGGAUGACCCUUUGCGAGAAAAGAUGCUUUCGUUCCUCAGUAACGCCGGCUACGCAAACAUGCUGAAGGAGGCCGCAACUCUGGAUGAACAGCUAGCGACUAUCAUUCAGGCAAUCCAUGUUUCGAAAGCCAAGCAUGCAUUCCUGGCCUCCCUCAGCGAGGACCCAACUACCUUUGUGAGGGACUGGUUGAGUUCGCAGAAGCGUGACCUUGACGUAAUUAUGGGUGAAUCAAUGAGGGGCGUGGGUGAGGAAGCUUCCGGUGACGAGUGGAGAAAGGGAGGCAAAGAUAGUGUCUGGUCUACUAUCAACGCUCGAGAAAGUGUCACGGUCUUGUUGUCCAAGCAGCCUAUUCAACCGCCACGGUAAAAGUUGGACUCGAAGUUAGGAAGAAGACGUGAAUGGGCGUCGGCGGGGGUGUGGUAAAUGGCGUAUGGCGUGCUUGUAUUGGAGUCCUUUGGGAAAGGCUUAUAUCCCUCAGGGGUCAUGGGUGGUUUUUAUUGUAACCUGGAGAGAAGCAUAUCCUGGAUGAAAGUGAUUGCAGAGGCCAACAUUGGUAAUAUUUUCGAUGGAGCUCUUGUCUCCAAACCUCAAGCUUGAAAGUCUGGGUGGAUGGAAAGACGGACGGACGGACGGACGGACGGAAUUGCUCUCGCAACUGUCUCGUAAUAAUUCGAUAUAACAAAUCACAGUUGUACAUCGGAUACUUCAUGUUUGUGAUAAUAUGCUAACCUAAUAAUAUUGCAAGUUUCGCUUGUGA